AUGACCUCAACACUUCGUAAUAAACAAGGAAAUAAAACGUUUUCUUCCGUCGCGUAUAAAAUUCUCUAUAAUGACAUUCGAUCGCUGUCAGAUAGUAAUAUCAAUCAAAUGCUUGAUGCUCUAUUGGCAAGCACUACUUUAACCACAGCAAAUGAACAGGACUUGAUAGAUCUGCUCGUCUCUGGCUGUAAAACGAUAAAUUACGCUGACGAACAUUUUGUCUUGAAGUUUAGUAAAAUAAUCUUUAUUGUUUGUAAUAAGCACCAGAUCAAUCUUAACGGCAAUUCAUCCAGACAGUCGCCACUGGAAGUGAUAUUAACAUUCCUAAUAAACUCGUUGCCAUAUGCUACCCAGCCAUCGAGUGAAAUCAACAUUUUGCGUACAUUGAGUGCGGUUCUUUUUGAGAAUGGCACCAAAUGUCAAAAGUUCCACGAAAGUCUCUGCCAUCUUUUGUUUCCUCUCGUACGGCCAGAUAACCCUAAUCUUGAAACAAGACGUAUGGCUAUAAAUUGUCUUGGCAAUCUAUGUAUGCGUACCGGAAACAAACUAAACGGAAAAUAUAAAGACAUCUACGAAAUAUUUUUGGCUAAUUUGAACUCUAUGACUAUUGAUGAUACCGCCAGUCUGAAGGUUGUAAGCAGUACGUUACGCGCAUUGCAAUUGGUUGUGAUUGAAGAUAAGAAUGUCCUUGUGGAGCCAUUUGGUGCUGUCGUUGAGACGAUUAAACGCUUCGUGUUCUUUAACUUCGAUGGGUCAAGAGAAGAAGCGUCAAUGCGAGAUCAGAUGUUGCCAACCCAGAUGUUGCGUCGGCAAUCCGCAUCUACGCCUAAAUCUCGACCAUUGCGUCAGAUGGAAGCUGGAACUCAUUCGCGGAAUAACAGUAAAUCAUGGAUCAGUUCUGAUUCUGAAUUAUCGGAUGGGGAUCAUUUUCAUCAACGGAAAACGAACGACGGCUCACGGAUAAGAUUGAAUGCACUUGGAUGUCUGCAAGCUAUAGCAAGGGCAGCCCCAAAGUUACUACAUCCGCACUGGACUAAAUUUCUGUCUGAUAUGCAUUCUGUGCCGACUUCUCCUUCUUUGUUCACUCUGAUUGCUCAUGAUACGGUUCAAACGGUUCGCAUCGCUGCUUGUUCAGCGAUUAUGAUCAUGUUAGAUGGCUCAAAAAAAUAUCUAUCUGUUGCUGAUGAUCGAGACACAAAAUCAUCAUUCACUUCUCUCUCGGCGAAGCUGGGCGGUCUUGUACGCGAGUUGCAUACCGAAUUAAUUAAAACUAUUGCUUUAGAGGAAGAAGUUCCGGUGUUAGUUCAAUUGUUAAAGUGUGGCAACGUAUUAGUUACUAAUACCGCAUAUGAGCGACUAUCUUCCGGUUAUUUAAGUCGAUUAUUUCGGGCUGUUGUUUCGCUACUGGCUCAUGAAGAUACGUCUAUCAGAAUAAGUACUCUGACUUUGCUUUCAUCGAUAAUAAGUUGUAAUUCACGUCAUGAUGAAGUACUGCAGUUAUUGGAAGGAAAAGUUGCAUCCGAUUCAUCUAGCACAUCUACACUGCUCCAUAGCUCUAGUCUCUAUAACAAAACCCUUUUACAAUAUUUGAUAGAAACUGUUGGCGACAACAACCAACCAUCUAAUGUACGCAUAGAAGCGUGGGGACUUUUAUGUGGAUGUGCUAGAGGGAGCUUUAUUAAUGUGAACUAUCUCUGGAGUCAACUUGAGGUUCUGAUAACUAAUGGUAUGGGUACACGCGAUAUCAGUAUCCGUACUGCUGCCAUGACUUUCAUGGAAGAAUGUGCCAAAGCAUCUUCAUCAGGGAGUAACAUUGAGACUACCGAAAGAUUACCUGUGAUCGAAAGCAAGCCACCAGUAUCAUCAGACGAACUAUUGCACUGGUGGCGUUUGAUAAUUGAUAAUCAUAUUAAUAAGGCUGCCACCGAUGAAUGUCAUGCUGUCCGAGCAUUGAGUUGUGACUGUUUGUCUCAUAUACCAGAUUAUAUAUUUGCCGAAUUGCCAGAUGACCGUCGAUAUUAUUGCAUGACAUUUUUACUCGGUUUUGUACAAGACGACAGCCCAAUUGUUAGGGCAGCUGCGUGUAGAGCUUUUGGAGUGUUUAUUCAGUUUCCUAGUUUACAUGAGGAUACAUCAUUUAUCACAGAUAUGGCUGUGUCAAUUUUUGAGCAAAUUUCAAAUACUAAUCUAAUGGUCCGAAUGCGAAGUAGCUGGGCACUUGGAAAUCUAUGUGACACGCUAGUUAAUUUGAGCAGCGACGCAGAGCGUCUGAUGGAGUUUCUAACGGAAGACAUAUGGAUACGUUUGCUACGUGCCGGAUUAGCUGCAUCAAACGAUAAUGACAAGGUGAGACCAAAUGGAGUGAGAAUUCUUGGAAGCGUAUUGCGGAUAGGUCCGAAGACAUAUCUGAUGAAGGAGCAUAAUGGAUUGGUGAGGGAAGCAGUUCUUAUGAUUAUUAAAAAUUUUGAGUACAGUUCAUUAAAGGUUCGGUGGAAUGCGUGUUAUGCGGCUGCAAAUAUGCUGCGUAAUGUUCAUCUGCCUAUAAGUUCUGAUACAUGGGCAAAUAUGUUAUAUGAAGCUCUGAUUAAGGCUAUGACUUCAGCCAAAAAUUUUAAAGUACGGAUUAAUGCAUCCCUUGCAUUGUCUUCUCCCGUUGCUCGUGAUAAGUAUGGGAACCAGCAAACGUUGGCGAAAGUGUUUGAGGCGGUUGUGUAUGCUCUGGAGAAUGUGGAAAGUAUGGCUGGUGCAGGAUUCCAGGAAUUUAAAUAUCAGGAACAAUUGAGAAUGCAGUUGAUAUCUACAUACGAUCAUCUCAGCGGCCUGUUAAAUGAGGGCGAGAAAGCUCAGUAUCAAUCGCUCAUUGAUAGAAUCAUUCAGUCGCCCGGAUAUAAUAAAGUUAAAAACGAUAUGCCUGAGAUUUAA